AUGUCGACUGACCAAAGAUCGACCUCUCAGUUGCAAAAAGAAAUUGCUCGUAUCCGUAAUGAUCUCACUGUGAGUGCUGGUACCUUACAAAAAAUCACCAAUCAUUUUGUCAAUGAACUUGACAAAGGUUUGUCCAAAAAGGGGGGAAAUAUCCCCAUGAUUCCUGCCUGGGUCUUAGACUACCCAACGGGCGAAGAGACCGGCGAAUACUUGGCCAUUGACUUGGGAGGAACCAACUUGCGAGUAGUGAAUGUGACCUUGAAAGGGAACAAUCAGUUUGAAACAAAACAGUCCAAAUAUUCGUUGCCUGAGGGAAUUAGAACUGCGGAAGCUGACGAACUAUUCAAGUUCAUGGCCGAAUGUUUGAAAACUUUUGUGGACGAGAACUUUCCGUCUAAUUUGUCUGAGCCCAUUCCUUUAGGCUUCACUUUUUCGUAUCCCGCAUCUCAGGACAUCAUUGACGAAGGCAUUUUGCAGAGAUGGACCAAAGGAUAUGACAUCCACGGGGUCGAAGGAUACGACGUAGUACCCAUGUUGACCAAGGCUUUGAAAGAAUUGAAUGUUCCCAUUGAAGUCGUCGCAUUGAUCAAUGAUACUACGGGCACGUUGGUUGCUUCCACCUACACAGACAAGGAGACCCGGAUGGGAUUAAUUUUCGGUACCGGAGUCAACGGAGCCUACUAUGAGAGGUGUGGAGAUAUUCCGAAGUUGGAGGGCAAGCUCGUAGACGAUAUUUCCGACAAUACUCCAAUGGCUAUCAACUGCGAGUAUGGAUCUUUCGAUAACGAACAUGCCGUGUUACCGAGAACGAAGUAUGAUAUUCGUAUUGACGAUGAGUCGCCUCGCCCUGGUCAACAGUCAUUUGAAAAAAUGAUUUCUGGCUAUUACAUGGGUGAGGUAUUGAGAAUGCUCAUUCUUGACUUGGCAGAGAAGAAACUCAUUUUUGGCGAUAAUGGCUACAAGCAAUUACAAGAACCUUAUGUCAUGGACUCGAGUUUCCCGUCACUAUUCGACCUGGACACUUCAGACGAAUUAGAUAAUUCAAAGAAAAAGUUGCAACUGCUAGGAGUUGAGUCUACUUACGAAGAUCGUCAAGCUCUCAAAGAAUUGGCUUCAUUUGUUGGAGAAAGAGCAGCCCGACUCGCAGUAUGUGGCAUCGCUGCCAUUUGCAAGAAGAGAAACUACAAGACUGCUCAUUGUGCUGCUGACGGGUCUGUUUAUGAAAAAUACCCAGGUUUCAAGGAGAGAGCAGCAAGAGCGUUGAGAGACAUCUUCCAAUGGAGUGAGAAGGAUGAUCCCAUUGUGAUUGUACAUGCUGAGGAUGGAUCUGGAGUGGGAGCUGCGGUUAUCGCUGCCUUGACACAGAAGAGGGUGAAUCAAGGGAAGAGUGUGGGUACUAAGUCCAAAAUGGAGAGUAAGGUGAAUAAAUGA